GCAGAGCGCGGCUGCCCGCUGCCCCCACGCCCCGGGCAGCUGCCCACCUGAGCGCGCGCCUCCCCUCCGGCUCAGCCGCGCCGGGACGCGGUUGCGCAGCAGCAGCCGGCGGGGCAGCAGCGCGGGGGGCUUUGCACUCGCCGCCGCAGCGCCGGCGACGGCAGCAGGGCGGGCUCUCGCCCGGGCCAGCGCCUGCCGGCUGGGGAUGCUCGCCCCCUAGGCGGCGGCGGGGGAUGCCGCGAAGCGUGUGACGCUGGGCGGAGGGUCUGGCUGUCGCAGCGCCGGGGCGGGCAGUGCACCGCGCGGGGCUCUCUCGGGGAGGAUGCCCGGAGCGGCGGCGGGGGCGGCGGCGGCAGCCUCGGCAGCGGCGGGGAUGCUGCCGGCUCAGGAGGCGGCCAAGCUCUACCACACCAACUACGUGCGGAACUCGCGGGCCAUCGGGGUGCUCUGGGCCAUCUUCACCAUCUGCUUUGCCAUCGUCAACGUGGUGUGCUUCAUCCAGCCCUACUGGAUCGGCGACGGCGUGGACACCCCUCAGGCGGGCUACUUCGGGCUCUUCCACUACUGCAUCGGCAACGGCUUCUCCCGGGAACUCACCUGCCGGGGCAGCUUCACGGACUUCUCCAGCCUGCCCGCGGGAGCCUUCAAAGCCGCCUCCUUCUUCAUCGGGCUCUCCAUGACGCUCAUCAUCGCCUGCAUCGUCUGCUUCACCCUCUUCUUCUUCUGUAACACGGCCACCGUCUACAAGAUCUGCGCCUGGAUGCAGCUGACCUCGGCUGCCUGUCUCGUCCUGGGCUGUAUGAUUUUUCCUGAUGGCUGGGAUUCAGAUGAGGUAAAACGGAUGUGUGGUGAAAAGACAGACAAGUACACACUUGGGGCUUGUUCAGUCCGCUGGGCAUAUAUCCUGGCUAUUAUUGGAAUCUUGGAUGCCCUGAUCCUCUCGUUUCUGGCAUUUGUGCUUGGCAACAGACAAGACAGCUUGCUAGCAGAGGAACUCAAGUUGGAAAACAAAGGUAGGAUUGCCUAUAGGAACGAUACUACUCUGUGCUGCCUCAAGGGCAAAUACUUAAAAAAACAAUUCUCUCUCUUUUUAGCAGAAUAUAGCACACUUUCUUAUGUUGUAAUUUGCUGGGUGAUUUUAAUAAUUUUUUAG